GGAUGCAGUUACCAAAAUAAAUAAAUAAUAAUCAUAAAUAAACCUCACACUCCAUACUGAAGUGAAUCUGAUCCAUAAUGGUAGUAGCAACCAUGGCAAGAGCUCUUUCUCUCUCUUCACUUCGCUUCUCUAUCCUCCUUCCCCGCCGCCUCCUUUCAACCACCGCCAUCCUCGCCCGACGUCCCUCUCUAGCUCCUCUUUCCCACGCCGCCCGCUUCACCGCAGUCCGGUGCCGAGUGAAUCGCGCCGGAAACUCGGCGUACUCGCCGCUGAACUCGGGGUCGGGGUCCAACUUCAGCGAGCGGCCACCGACCGAUAUGGCCCCUCUGUUCCCGGGUUGCGACUACGAGCACUGGCUCAUCGUCAUGGACAAGCCCGGCGGCGAAGGUGCCAUCAAGCAGCAGAUGAUCGAUUGCUACAUUCAAACCCUCGCUAAGGUUCUUGGCAGUGAAGAGGAAGCUAAGAAGAAGAUUUACAAUGUUUCCUGUGAGAGGUACUUUGGAUUUGGAUGUGAGAUUGAUGAGGAGACCUCUAAUAAGCUGGAAGGGUUGCCUGGAGUUCUGUUUGUUCUCCCAGAUUCGUAUGUUGAUCCUGAAUACAAGGACUACGGUGCUGAAUUAUUUGUGAAUGGAGAAAUAGUCCAGAGGCCACCUGAAAGACAGAAGGGUGGAGCCACAGCCACAAAGGCAUCAGGACAGACCAAGAUACAAUGAUAGAACAAGGUAUGUCCGGCGCAGAGAAAACACAAGAUGAAGGAGCAGUUGAGUAAUAAGAGGGAGAGAGGGAUAUAGAUGCUUUGAAAGACUGGAGUCUCACUAUUGUAGUCCAGUCUUUGGAUGCCUAUAUGAAUUCAUAGUUCUGUUGGUAAAUGAAGAUGUUAGUAGUUAAACCAGUAUAAUAUCUUUUUUCCUAUGAAAAGAAUGUUGCACAUAAACUAUGUCUCUAUGGAAUGUGUUACUGUUUUUAUGUUGCUACUUACCUUUUGCUUGGCCUUUUCUCCUUUGACUGA